CUCCCUUCCCCCGCCUCUCUUCUCUCUCUCUCUCUCUCUCUCUCUCUCUCGCUCUCUCGUUCUCGAAACCCUAGAAACACCUGGGAAAGAAGCCUCUGAUCAGAUCGAUAGGCAUCGGAAUCGGAAUCGGAAUCGGAAUCGGAAGGUGUGAUUGACUGAUCCUUGGCGAGAUCUAAGAGCCUUGUUGUCGAUAGUUUCGAUUUAAUCCUCGGCGAUUCCGAGUUUCUCCGGUGCUUGAUCUCGGUAGAUUGGCUGAUUGAUUUGUGUCGCUUUGGGUUCGAUUUUGUGAGCCUAGAUUUAGGGCGUUUGGGAGGAAGAGUUUGGGGUAAGGGCGAUGGAGAGCGCUCGGGAUGCUCGCCGGCGUCGGAUCUUGGAGCGGGGAUCCAACCGCCUCGCGUUCAUCACCGGCGAAUCCCCAUCCCUGCCGCCCAAGCCAGAAGACGAAGUAGAACGCGGUCCCAAAACCACCACCGUUGCUUCGCUUAGUGAGAACGGUACUCCUGUAAUUGAGGCUGCCGAGCAAUGGAAAAAUAAGGAAGAUGAAGCAUAUCAAGGGGUUGUUGAUACUGGAGAUAUCUCUGAGAAAUCCGAGCAAACGGAUCAAACCCCUGAACCUCAUUUAAAUGAUGAAAUCAUGAAACAUGGGAUAAAAAAUGAUGCUCCCACACUUGACGCUACUACCAGCUCUUCACUCAACAGGCUGAACAUCAUCAAUGACAAAGAAGUGCGUACCUCUUCAAUGGCUCACAGCCAACCUGAUCGACGACUUCCUGGAACAGCUCUUACUCCUUCAGUCGCCCAUUCAAAGAAUCACUCCAUUUUCACAUGGAGUAGAAUAAGCCAUUCCAUUUCAGCUUCUGAAAACAUCCGUUUGCUUUUGGCCGUCGCCAUAGCCUUUUUGGUGAUCCUGUCAAACCAUCAGUAUAAUAUCAGCGGUGGACUUUUUAGAGGUAUGAUAUGUUCUAGGCCGCUUUUACUCGUCUUACUCACUGAUGCGUCCAUUGUUCUCGGUCGGUUGAUGGUAAUUAAAAGUAAUGAUCAAAAGGAGGAGAAAACGAGGGCUAGAAACAAUGAUAACGGUUCGGCAGACAGCAUCGGAAGAACCUUGGAGGUUGGGUUGGUUUUCCAAAAGGCCAUGAGAUCCUUCUUUAUGGAUUGCAUCAUAUGUGCUGUUAUAAUGAUCUGUGGUCUUAGAGUUUAAGCUCUCUAUCCUUAUCCUUUUGCCCUUUUCUCUUUUGUAAAUUUUGCGAGGUCUUCAUCGUGAAGGUCGUUAACUUUUUCGCCUACAUUUUUUUGCUAUCUUAACUAGAAAGAGACGCAGAGUUGUUGUUUUAUCAUCUCCUUACACGGUUUUGCUAACAUUUCCCUUGCAUGAUAUGUGCUUUACUAGUUGAGAAAUUGUAGUAGU